CGGAAUUUUUCAUUGGAAAAUUAUGGAAGUUCAGUGGGGCUCCAGCUUCAAGUCAAAAACACUGGCUAACGUCUCGUCAAAGGCCUGGCUCCAUUUCUUCUAAAUUAAAAGUGCAUUGGUCCAAUUCUAGUAUUGGAGGGAUGGUCGGAGCAACAGUUACUUCACCAUUAGAUGUUAUGAAAACUCGACUACAGUCGUCUUUAUAUAAUCCCCAAUCAAAGUCUUCACAACCUUUUAUUCGAUCUACAACCCCGAUCCUUGGACAUUUUAUUGACACAGGAAGAUUAUUGACGUAUGUGUAUCGUAACGAAGGUUGGAGAGCGUUGUUUAAAGGAUUAGGACCAAAUUUGGUUGGUGUAGUACCAGCAAG